AUGUGGAAGCAGUGGUUGCUUCUAAGCUCUCUUCAUGGAAACUCACCCAUCUGGGCUUGUGGGUGGACCUCAUCGAGCCCCCCAGCCACCCCGGUGAAGCCUUGCACCACCGCAGAGCUGAUGGAAAUGGAAGACCCUGCAGCUGCGGCAAAAUUUCGUGAAGUGAAGGCAAAGAUCGUGCAGGACAUGACUGACAUGGCCAUCCACAACGUCCAGCUAGCAGAAACUGAAAGGAGGGCCCAUGUCGUCAUGGUCAUGCAUGAAAAGGCCCAAGCACAGAUCGGCAAAUCGCUGUGUGAAGCCCACAUGGAAAAGUAUUGUCGGGUUUCCUUCACCACCCAGAGUGCGCCUUUGGAUUCCAAGCUGGAGCAUAUCUACCGCAGUGUUGAAGUGGGCCAACUGCGAACUGUGCUUUACAUCGACUGCACAAAGCUCGGGGUAGUGAGCCAAAUAGAGAUCAACAUGAUCGGUGACCUCGCGGAGUCGGUGCUCUUUCGCAACCCUUCCCGUUCGAUCCUGGUUCUCAUACCGCCUCUGUUGGUUGGAUCAGACGCAGCAGGGUCUUUGAGGAAGGAUUGGAGGAAGUUGGAGGACAAGCUGCUUGCGGUGAAGGUAGAGCUCAGGCCGUGGACCCUGAACCUGAACCAGGAUGACCUGCAUAAAAACAGGGAGCUGCCUUCAGCUUUCGUUUGCUUCUUGGGCGUGCCGGAUUCAUCUCUCCCUACAAAAGGGACGGCCCAUAGAAGUGUCAGGGGCAAUCCCGAGGUUGCGCUGGCGAGUGGCACAUUUCCGGCUGCAUUGCAGGAAGGUGAUUUCAUUGUGCCUGGAGACACCCUACACUGCAACGACUCGAGGCGCAACUACACAGAUUUCCAGGAAACAUCACAGUGGCUUGGCGGGCCUGCAGUGCCAAAGGCGAUUCUUUCAAACCUGUGUGGUGAGAUGAAGAGUGGCGAUGGUGUGGUGGUGGUGCACCCUACAUGCUAUGAUGGCGCAGUGGAACUGGCUGGGCUUCAGCUGGGCUUUGCUGUCGCAGGGUCGUCGUCUGUGGAAGCUCAUCACAAGUGUGCACAGGAUGUGGUCAAGACACACCUCCUCAAGGCUUGGAAGACAUCGGCUGCCCCCCAUGGAUCGCCAAACACCUCGCUACAAGAAAGAUGUGGCGCAGGAAGAUCUUCCCAAGAAGGUUGA